CUCGCUCCCUCUCUCAGUCGUCAUUCUGUAACGGCACCGUCGCGCUCCACUUUGGUUUAGCUCCCGUGUAUUCUCCAGCUACUCCGAAGCUGUUUUUCUCUGCAACUCACGCAGCAUCUGAUCUGUUCCAGCGUGGGCUCUUCAACUGUGCACCAAGAGCGGGAUAAUGAAAGAAAGGCUCCAAAGAGGAAAGCAGGGAGAGAGAGAGAAUUAAAAGAGGAGUAAAAGGGGAGAGUGUGCUCUUGCAGAAAGGUUUGAUUCAGUGAUUAUUUGGAUUAAACUGGCUACGUCUCUGCUCUAAAGUAUCCCACUAAUGGUGAUGAGCUCCUUAACUCUCUGAGCGGGUUCCUGACAGACCAACGGAAAUCUUCUUUUUGGGCACUGGACCCCACCUCACCCAUUCCCCAUCACCACCCUCACAAGUUGUUUCAGCGUGGCUCAACUCUCAUCACUGGACUUUGACUUGGGGACCUGAGGCUCACAGAUCGCCAAUGCUAACAAGGAACUGCCUGCUGCUGUUCCUUUGGAUUCUUGUCGACGAAGGCUCAGUCUCUUCUUUACGUCCCCCUUCGCCGCCACUGGGACGGAGCAGGACGGGGAGGGAGCACGCCAACAGCUUGGUGGGCCCAAUGAGGAAUGGAGCGGCUGGAUAUCAACGGGUCAAAAGGGGCUGGGUGUGGAACCAGUUCUUUGUACUGGAGGAGUACAUGGGGUCAGACCCGCAGUACGUGGGGAAGCUGCACACUGACCUCGAUAGUGGGGACAGUGGUGUGAAGUACACUCUCUCGGGAGACGGGGCUGGCUCUAUUUUCACAAUUGACCAAACAACAGGGGAUAUCCAUGCCUUAAGGAGCCUUGACAGGGAGGAGAAGCCUUACUACACCCUACGCGCCCAGGCUGUUGACAUCGACACCAAUAGGCCCCUCGAGCCUGAGUCAGAAUUUGUAAUUAAGGUUCAAGAUAUCAACGACAAUGAGCCAAAAUUCCUGGAGGGUCCAUAUACAGCCAGUGUCCCUGAGAUGUCACCAGUAGGGACAUAUGUGACGCAGGUUACAGCCACAGAUGCAGACGACCCCACCUAUGGAAACAGUGCCAGAGUGGUGUACAGCAUCAUCCAUGGCCAGCCAUACUUCUCCGUUGACCCCAAAACAGGUGUUAUAAAGACAGCCUUGCCCAAUAUGGACAGAGAGGUGAAGGAACAGUACCAGGUGUUGAUCCAGGCCAAGGACAUGGGGGGCCAGCUGGGGGGGCUGGCCGGGACCACCACUAUCAACAUCACCCUCAGCGACGUCAACGAUAAUCCACCCAGGUUCUCUAAAAGUUUCUUUCAUCUCCGGGUUCCUGAGUCUUCCGCAGUGGGCUCUGCUGUCGGAAGAAUCAAGGCCCAUGACUUGGACAUCGGGAAAAAUGCCGAAGUAGAGUACACCAUCGUGCCAGGUGACGGAGGGGCCAUGUUCGACAUCACCACGAAUGAACACAACCAAGAGGGGAUCAUCAUUCUCAAAAGGCCCCUGGACUAUGAAAGCAAGAAGGCAUACACCUUUAAGGUAGACGCCUCCAAUGCCCAUCUGGAUCCACGAUUUCAAAGCUUUGGGGCCUUCAAAGACACAGCAACAGUGAAGAUUAACGUGUUGGAUGUGGAUGAGCCCCCGGUGUUCAAUAAGCCCUCCUAUAUGAUGGAUGUGUAUGAAGACACACCCGCGGGCACCAUCAUCGGAGCAGUGACGGCACAAGAUUUAGACGCCAGCAGCAGUCCGGUCAGGUAUUCCAUUGACUGGAAGAGUGACUUGGACAGCUACUUUGACAUUGAUCCAGUGGAGGGAACGAUUUCCACGAACGAACUCCUUGACAGAGAGAGCAUCGCCCAGCACAAUAUCUCUAUCGUGGCCACCAAACUUAAUAGUCCGGUUCUGAGCAGUCGAGUGGCCGUCACUGUCCACGUGUUGGACAUCAAUGAGUUCCCACCUGAACUGGCCAGACCUUACGAGACCUUUGUCUGUGAAAACUCCAAAGCUGGACAGGUGAUUCAGACGUUCAGUGCACAAGACCAGGAUCUACGAGCUGCUGGACAACAGUUCUCCUUCAAAUCGCCAAAAGAAGACAUGAAGAACAAGAACUUUACCGUCAGGGACUUUGGAAACAACACAGCUGGAAUUGUGACUAAGCGGGGUGGCUUCAGGCGGCGUUUGCAGGAGAUCUACCUCCUUCCUGUGGUGAUUGACGAUAAUGGCUACCCUCCUAAGAGCAGCACCGGCACUCUGACCAUCCGUGUGUGUGGCUGCGAGUCCGAUGGCUCACUGCUAACGUGCAGCGCCGAGGCCAUCUUUCUCCCCGUGGGCCUCAGCACAGGAGCGCUGAUCGCUAUCCUCCUAUGUAUCAUCAUCCUGUUAGUAAUCGUGGUCCUCUACGUUGGCUUGAGACGGCAGAAGAAGAAAGAAACCCUCAUGUCAUCCAAAGAGGACAUCCGGGAUAAUGUGAUCCACUAUGACGAUGAAGGAGGUGGAGAAGAGGACACGCACGCCUUUGACAUGGGGACGCUUCGCAAUCCCAAGGUUGUCAAAGAGAACCUGUUCCGCAGGGACGUCAAACCUGAGAUGAAGAGAAGUCCGAGGGCACCUGUCUCUCAGGACAGCGCUGACAUCCGGCAUUUCAUUAACCAGCGUCUGAAGGAGCACGAUGUGGACAACUCGGCGCCGCCCUACGACUCCCUGGCCACGUACGCUUACGAGGGCGAUGGCUCCGUGGCUGAGUCGCUCAGCUCCAUCGAGUCCAUCGUCAUAGACCCUGAGGAGGACUAUGAUUACCUCAAUGACUGGGGGCCCCGCUUUAAGACACUAGCAGGGAUAUUCGGGGAGCAGUCAGAGACUCAGUCGAACUCAACCACCACGGAGAACACACAUUGAUGUUAUUCACAGACUCGAAAAGGAAAUAUGUAACAAAGUUUGGUUUACGACACACAAUAGUUUACCAUUGUUUUCCUCACAUGUUAUUUGUAUCCAUCUUAUUCCAGCUUUCUGUUUUCGUUUUGAUUUGGUACUUUACCAUGCUCAGUUCCACAAUUGUAAAAAAAAUAAAUGAGGGAACAUACGGUAACAUGAUUAGAUGAGCCAAGCAGCCAUUCAAUUAUCUUUCAAUUGAAUGUUCCUGUCUUACAUUUUGUUUCCUAUUUGGGGAAUACGCAUACACACGGAAAUGUUUUCAUUUCCUAGAACAUCCUUAAAAAGUGCCUCCAUAUAAUUGUUCUUUCACUUGCUAUCUCAUGCCACACAUCCAGUGUUGUUCUUUAUAUCCCCAUGGCUGAUUCUGUCACCUUUUGCUCUGUCUACCGAGAGCAAUGCAACAUCUGUGAGGACAUACAUUGGCCCGAAGAAGGCCAAAGAUGUUUUGAAUGUUAUUUAUUGUUCUAUUUAUUUAUUGGCUGAGUGAGUUUGAUUAUUUUGUUGUGUAUUUAUCUAUUUAUCUCAGUCAUCAAUCUGUAUUUUUUUUAUUUUUGGAGGAAUUUUGUAAUUAAAAAAGGCCCACAUGAAAAUGUAUGUUUCUGUUAGGUGGGUGAUGUGAAUAGACUUGUACUAGAGUUGUAAAAACAUUUAUUAGGGCUAAAUAAUGCAGUUCAGUCAUGUAAUAAA